GUAGUAGUAAUAUCAGUAAUAUUAGUUUUAAAAUCAGUUUUUGUAAUUUUUUAAAAGGAAAUACAAAGAAAGAAAAAAAUUUUCUUUGUCAGAACUUUCUGUCCCUUGAGGACAUUUGGUCUCCAUAUAAAAUCACGCUUUAGUGACCUUUAUGGCGCCUGGAGCUGGAAAACUCACCAGGAUAUAAAUACAUCUUCCUUUUCUUUCUUUCUUUCUUUUUCAGGCAUGAAAAUGAAAACGAAAACGUAUCUAUUACAAAAAAUUCUCUCUGGACUCACAGCAGCCCUUCACUUCUCCCGUCCCCCCUUACCCUUCUGAAUAUUCACAUUUCACUCAUUAACCCUUGUCUGAAAACAUUUCCACAUCUGAAGAAGAUGAAGAAGUGAAGCGUGAAUGAUACAAUCCUGUGCUCUGGAGUGGAUUAUUCCAGUCUGCGUGUAUGGAGGUGUGUUUUUUCUUUUCUUUUUUUUCUUCUUCACUUGUUUCACUUGUGAUGUCUGAAUAUUUCUACAAUCCGGAAAUAAAGUCUACAGGAACUGAAAGUGGGACGCGAUGAGAGUCGUGCACUUACAGGGCACUAUUUGGGAUUAGACCCAUGUCCCAUUAAGCAGUGAAACCAUGGAAACGAGCUUGGACGUCAUGAAGUCCUCAGACCUCAUCAAGAAGGAGCGUCUGGAUUACGGCGGGUUUGGGGAGGUGUUUCUGUGCUACCACAAAACGCUGGGACAUGUGGUGCAGAAGACGGUCUACACAGGACCACCUCGUAAUGAGCAGACGUCGUCUCUGCUGGAGGAAGGCAGUCUGAUGAACAGGUUGAAACACGAGCGCGUGGUUAAAUUGCUGGGGGUUAUACUGGAGGACAGAGAUUACUCGCUGGUCAUGGAGCUCAUUCCUAAUGGCAACCUGCUGUCCAUGCUGCAGAAAGUGAAAGUUCCAGUAUCCAUUAAAGGAAGGAUAGUUCUGGAGACCCUGGAAGGAAUGGUUUAUCUAACAGACAACCACGUCAUUCACAAGGACCUGAAACCGGAAAACAUCCUGGUCGAUGAACAUUUCCAUAUAAAGAUCGCAGACCUCGGACUGGCCACGUGUCAGACGUGGAGUCGGCUGACGAGGGAGGAGUCGCGCAGACAGAGUCGUGCAGGCAAGAAGUCGAGCGUGGCGGCGGCCGGGACACUGUGCUACAUGGCUCCUGAGCACCUGGAAAGCAUCAACACUCGCUCCACUGAAAAAUCGGACGUUUACAGCUUCGCCAUUGUAGUGUGGGUCAUUCUGACCAACCAGGAGCCUUAUGAGAAUGCUAUUAGUCAAGACCAGAUCUGCCAGUGUGUGCGUAAGGGAGACCGUCCAGAUGAGACCCUUAUUCCAGGCGAUUCACCAAAAGAGAUUAUCACUCUUAUGAAAAAAUGCUGGGAGCACGACCCUCAGAAACGACCCCGGUUUAAAGAGAGCUAUGACUCAUUUUCGGCUUUCUAUAAGAACAACCUGGAACGAGACGUUGAGCAGGAUCUACGUGACCUUAAGGAUGUGUAUGAAGGUCCAUCGGAGCUGCUGGAGAAGUUAAAAACACUCACAACAGAGUCUACCGCUGCAGGCCUGGCGGCUCCGUCCUUUCUGCAGUGCUCCGGUGACUCGCCCACCCCUCUGAGGAGUUCAGACCUGGGCCCGGUGGAAGCCAGCUUGGAGGACCUCAGUUUAAUGACCUCAGGUGCCUUUCAAGUGGACGCCAUCCCUGAUCCUCCUCCCGCCCCUCUUAACCUGGAGCAGAAACUGAACCAAGAGUUAGACUACCACAAACACGGUAGCUACACCAGCGGGCAACAGCCCAACCUCUCUUCGUACCUUUUCCCUGUUCCGGUCGUGCAGACUACGUCGAGUUCCAACUGGGCUGGAGAUCUUCCUCAGCAGGUGUCCUCAGUGCAGUCUUGGUCCAAACCUAACCCUUAUCUGAGUCCUCAGGAUAUUCCGGUCCGGCCGGAUUACGACAGGGAGAUGUCGGCGCCGUACUCGCAGUGUGGACCGCACCAGCCGUCCAAACCUUUCGAGCGCAUGCAGUCAUGGCCUUCUGACCUCUCUGCAGUGGGGAUCGCCCCGCAGACUGAAACAGGCGGAUCUCUGUACAUCAGUCAAGCCAGUGGGAUUCAGAUCGGGAACAACAACACCAUGCAUUACCGCAGUGUCGACAGCUGUUCUCUCGGCUCGCAGUCCAGCACGGCGUUAUCCAACACAAAGUAUAAAGAGCUACUGUUGCAGUAUGUGGACCACAGUGUAACUGAUGAACAUCUGGAGCUGGUGCAAAAGAACGUAGGCGGGACGUGGAAAACCUGUGCCAGGAAGCUGGGCCUCAGCGACGUGGAGAUCGACCACAUCGAACACGACUACAUGCGUGACGGCCUCGCCGAGAAGGUCCACCAGAUGCUGGAGCGCUGGAAGAUGAAGGAAGGUCUUCAAGGGUGUACGGUGGGAAAACUCUGUAGUGCCCUGGAGGGGUCCAUUAAAGCAGAUGUGCUCAUCGAACUACUCCAUAAGUCUCAAGACUACACCGUUUUUUCGAAUGCCAGCACUCAGAGCCUGAUUUAAGUUAAAGUUCUAGUCCAGGGGAAACUUUUAUAUAGUAAUAAUAGCAGUGGAUGUUGUUAUUAUUAUUAUUAUUAUUCUUUUGAUACAUCUUCGUUUUAGUUCUGUUUUCAUUUUCGUACUUUUGAAUACAUGUUAUUUCUAGGGUCGGGGUUUCUACAUUUUAAUAUAAUUCUUUAGUUUGGGUGGUUUUUAAACUUUUCUUUUCGUGAUUUCUGAUAAACAGAUUUCGGUUUUCAGAGUUACACAAAGAAUUGACAAAAAAUUUUACUUGGGGGGGGGGGUUGAGAGAAAGCACAGCGUGCCACUGCAUCACAAGUCGUUUAAUCGUUUUAUCGUUUUCAAAUCAAAAGAAGUGAAAAAGAAAUGAUCGAUUUGAUUAUUUUUAAUGAGCCUGCAUGCAUGUAUUUUGAACACCAACGUAAGGGUUUAAAAUGACGGGAUAUAUCGGCAGAAAAUUCACCAUCAGUCUAGUGUAUGUUUACAAUAUAAACUCUCCUGACCAUCGAGUCAAAUAAAAUAGUUUUCCUUCUCUCUCUCUCUCUCUCUCUCUCUCUCUCUCUCUCUCUCUCUCUCUCAUUCUCAAAAUGACCAAAAAUCACUUUACAAAUUGCGAACGUUAUUGUAAAUAAUUCAAAUACUUUUAAUUUACUUUUAAGAGUUCUUUAUUUGUCCCUCCGGAGAAAACCCUUAAGGGUCUUUUCUCAAAAAGGGAUCCAACUAGAACCUUUUGAAGAGCUAUAGAUCCCAAAGUUAUGCAACGAAGCCUUAAAGAACCCUUCAGAAACCAGGAUAGCUCAAUUUGAUGUGCCUGACAGGUUCUACGUAGUAAGAAUACAAAUAAUUUCCAGUGAAAUGGAGUUUGUAUGAUAAGCUUCCCCAUUUAAUACACUCUUAAAAAAAGAAGAAGAAGAAGGGUUCUUCGAAGGUUCCUUAAGGGUUUGUUAGAUAAUAAAGGGCUCCUAGCUUCCAAAAUAGUAAUAUUAAUGAGUUCUACCUUCAGUUUUGUUGUAGGGUUCUACACUAAACCUGUAAGGGUUUCCUCAGAGGGUGUGAGCGUGUAAGACUUUUUGAUAACCGUUUUACCAAAAAAAUAAAUAAAUAAAUAAAACAAUUGGCAAAUUUACAGCAAAAGACUGCAAUUUUUCCGCAGCUGUUUAUAGUGUUUCAACUGAGAAUAAACAACAGCAGCAAUUGCACACUUGAUUUCCGUUCCCGUCUCGCUGUCUCCCGGGUCACAUUUACAUGAAGGGUUUAGGAUGUGGCCGUUGUGGUAGCCAAAACGUUAUUUUGGUUUUUCUUUGGACAUUCAAAGCAAAAAUCCUCAGGAAAUUCUUUACAGGUGAUCACUGUUAUAUUCACAACUUAGUGCAACCAUUUUGUGUGCUCUUUAUGAGUUAAUGAGCGUUAUCGUAUACAUCAAAGUGGGACUCCCAAGGCUCCGUGAAGCAGAGAGUUCAGACAUAAUUCUAAUCAUUCUAAUAAAUCACCCAAAUAUCAUCGUAGACAUUGAAAUAAUAUUCAGGAAGACGUAUGUGGACACCUGAGCAACAUAAUUAUAUGAGCUGGAUGGACAUCCCAUUCCAAAACCAAGGGAGUUAAUAUGGAGACGGGUAAAAACCUCCACUCUUCUGGGAAGACUUUCCACUCGAUUAUGGAGUUAUUAUUGUGCUCGUUCAGCUACAAGAGCAUUAGCGAGGUCAGGCAAUGAUGUCAGACUGCCGUCGGCUUUCCAGUUCAUCCCAGAGGUGGUCACCGGGGUUGAGAUCAGGGCUCUAUGCAGGACAGUCGAGUUCGUCCACUCCAACCUUAACACACCAUGUCCUCAUGGAGCUCGCUUUGUGCACAGGGGCGUCGUGAUGCUGGAACAAGGUUCGGGCCUGGGAGGGGAAUUAUAAUGCUACAACAUACAAAGACGUUCUAAACAAACGUGUGCUUCCAACAUUUGGAAACAGUCUGGGGAAGAAACACACAUGGGUGUGAUGAUCAGGUGUUCACAUAACUUUUACCAUAUAGUGUAAAACUGCACUGUGGGGAUCUGGGGAAUUUAUCUUGAAGUUAGAGGCAUCCCUGGCUGCAAAAAGUUUGAGAGCCGCUGUUGUGUAUAUGUGUGUGGUUGUUUUCUGUAUUGUGACGUGCUUAAGGCCGAACAGACACAAGUAGUUCCUGUAAGAACAAAUACUGACCGGAUGAAUGAAUAUAGUAUAUAAAAUAAAGACCUUGAACUGCCAGAAAACUUUCUGAUAAAGUUUAUCAUCAGGUACACCGACUGGGCAAACAUAAUCAUUGGACAUUUUAUAAAUCACAUAAUAUGUCCCGUAGGUGUAUUCGGUAGGUUUACAUUGCUAUGUGUAUCUACUGUAUGUGUACAGUAUAUUGCUUUUUACCGAAGACCGUCGAUGAGAUAUUGAGUGUUUCUCAAUGACAAGAAAACGAAGAACAGACUUUUGGGAAGUACAGUCUUGCCAAGUAACCAUGCAAGAACGAACUCACGUGUACAAGUUUGCGCAAUACCUCAGUCAGACUCAGACGUCUGGAUUGUACAGUAGCCCUUUGGAUUUCCUGGAACUGCAGCGCAAUUAAAACUAUCAAUUCAGUUUAAUCCUGAUUUAUCAGUUUAGUGCUAGUUCCCAAAGGAACACAGCCUUGCCCCCGACCCCCCCCCCCCCCCCCC